UGUUUGUUUGGUGAUGCAAAGUCCUCAAUCAGUAAAUAUGACUUAUUGCCAUAUUAGAGACUUCCAAAAUGGUUCAAAUCAGGAUUAAAAUGCUUGCGUUUAUGGGACUCCUUUUUCUGAUUUUUCCAUCUUUUGCUUUUCUUUUGGAAUGCAAGUCAGGCAAUGGUGUCAACUACAGAGGAACCACAACAAAAACCAUUUCGGGGAGAACCUGUCAAAGAUGGGCCAGCAACACACCACACAAACCAAAUUACACCCCUGAAAAUAGCCCACAUGCUGACCUGGAAGAAAAUUAUUGCAGAAAUCCUGACAAUGAUACCAUAGGGCCCUGGUGCUACACUCAAGAUGUGAAUAAACGCUGGGAAUACUGUCAGAUACAAAACUGUGAAGAGGAGUGCAUGUUCUGCAGUGGCGAGAAUUAUCGUGGUAAAAUUUCCCAAACAGAGGAUGGUGUUACAUGUCAGCGUUGGAAUUCACAAACACCGCACCUUCAUGGCUAUACCCCAACCAAUUUUCCAGAUAAAUAUCUCGAGGAAAACUACUGUCGGAAUCCUGAUGGAGAACCCAGGCCAUGGUGUUUUACAACUGACACCCAAAAACGAUGGGCAUUCUGCAAUGUUCCACGUUGUGGUGCAGACCCUCCUGAUAUUGAAGUGGAGACAGAGUGUUACACAGGCACAGGCCAGAGGUAUCGUGGAGCCAUGUCAACCACUAUUUCUGGUAAAAUUUGUCAAAGAUGGGAUGUUCAGGUUCCGCACAUGCACUCAAGAACUCCGGAGAACUAUCCCUGCAAAGGACUAGAAGGUAAUUACUGCAGGAAUCCAGAAAAUGAAAAGGAACCCUGGUGUUACACCACUGAUCCAGGUACAAGAUGGGAAUAUUGCCACGUACCAAAGUGUGGUCAUCUACCUUCAGGGCCAUGGAGUGAAAAUGGACCGACUGAUUGUUUUAGUGGAAAUGGUUAUAAUUAUCGAGGGACAACAUCAGUGGCAGUGUCGGGAAGAAGGUGCCAGGAAUGGGAUUCCAUGACACCACACAGCCAUGAGAAAACAUCACGCAAUUUUCCUAAUGCGGGUCUAUUUGCUAACCACUGUAGAAAUCCUGAUCAGGAUAGGGCUCCUUGGUGCUUCACAACUGACCCCUUGGUCCGAUGGGAAUACUGCAGGAUUUCAAAGUGUGACACUGCACCAUCUCAACCUCCCUCUAUAAUGCCUGUACAUGGAGGAAGCAGUGAGGCCUUGCAAGCACCUGAUGGUCAAUCAGAUUGCCGAGUAGGUAAUGGAGUGACAUAUCGUGGGACAAGAUCAACCACAUCUAGUGGAAGAACAUGCCAACAUUGGUCAGCGAUGACACCCCAUUUUCAUACCGUCUUCACUGCUGAAUCAAAUCCUGAUGCCGGACUGGAGGAAGAUUAUUGCAGAAAUCCGGAUGAAGACCCCAAUGGUCCGUGGUGUUAUACAACAGAUCCCCAAAAAAGAUAUGAUUCCUGUGAUGAUAUUCCCAUAUGUGGACAAGAGCCUAAUGAAUGUGGAAGGCCUAUUGUUGAACCCAAGAAAUGUUUUGGAAGAAUUGUUGGUGGCUGUAUAUCCAAGCCAUAUUCCUGGCCUUGGCAAGUUAGCCUUCGCACCAAUUUUGGUGUUCACUUCUGUGGAGGAAGUCUUAUUCAUACCAAGUGGGUGGUAACAGCCAAACACUGUUUAGACCGUUCCUUCAACCCCUUGACCUACAGAGUCUAUCUUGGAAUAUACAGAGAACGUGCACAUGAACCAUCGAGACAGAUCAUUCAGGUUGACAAAAUCUUUCUCGAACCCACUGGGAAUGACAUUGCUUUAUUAAAGCUUGAAAGGCCAGCAGUCCUCACUGACAAAGUGGCAUUAAUCUGUUUGCCAACACAGCACUAUAUAUUACCACAUGGAACUGAUUGUUAUGUUUCAGGCUGGGGUGAAACUCAAGGAAGAGGACAUGAAGGGGUUUUAAAAGAAGCAGGUUUUUCGGUGAUAGAAAAUAACAUUUGCAAUCGGCCUGAACAUUUGAAUGGAAGAGUGAAAAUCAGUGAACUAUGUACAGGAAAUAUUGAAGGUGGUGUUGGCAAUUGUCAGGGUGACACCGGAGGCCCUUUGGUAUGUCCAAAUUCCAGAGGCAAGUAUAUUCUCCAAGGAAUAAGGUCUUGGGGUCUUGGUUGUGCAAAUCGAAUGAAGCCAGGUGUUUAUGUCCGUGUUUCAUCUUUUGUUGACUGGAUUGAAAACACCAUAAGGCAUCUAAGAAGUAAUAUACUGACUGAAUAUGUAAAAACAGAAGGGGCCUGGAUUCAUUCUGCACGAGAAUCAAAAUAUCCAGCAAUCAGUGUAACGAAAUGUGCAGAAAAAUGUAACACAGAAAGCCAAUUUCUUUGCAGAGCAUUCCUCUUUACUCAGAAGAAUCAAGAAUGCAUCACCACAGCAGAUAAUAGUCAUACACAAUUGUUGGUGAGAAAGCCAAAUGUCAUUCUUUAUGAGAAACAAGCCUUCCUUUUGGAAUGCAAGUCAGACAAUGGUGCCAACUACAGAGGAACAGCAAUGAAAACCAUUUCUGGGAGAACCUGUCAAAGAUGGGACAGCAACACACCACACAAACCAAAUUACACCCCAGAAAAUAGCCCACAUGCUGACCUGGAAGAAAACUAUUGCAGAAAUCCUGAUAAUGAUUCCACAGGGCCCUGGUGCUACACUCAAGAUGUGAACAAACGCUGGGAAUACUGUCAGAUACAAAAUUGUGAAGAGGAGUGCAUGAUCUGCAGUGGUGAGGAUUAUCGUGGUAAAAUUUCCCAAACAGUGGACGGUGUCACAUGUCAACAUUGGAAUUCACAAACACCUCAUCUUCAUGGAUACAAUCCAAGCAUUUUUCCAGAUAAAUAUCUCAAGGAGAACUACUGUCGGAAUCCUGAUGGAGAACCCAGGCCAUGGUGUUUUACAACUGACAUCCAAAAGCGAUGGGCGUUCUGCAAUGUUCCACGUUGUGAUAAGGAGCCUCCUGCUAUUGACGAAGAGACAGACUGUUACACAGGCAAAGGUCAGAAGUAUCGUGGAACUGAGAGGACAACCAUUUCUGGUAGAAUCUGUCAAAGAUGGGACGUUCAGAAACCACAUGUACAUUCAAGAACUCCAGCCAACUACCCCUGCAAAGGACUAGAACAAAAUUAUUGCAGGAAUCCAGAUAAUGAAAAGGAGCCCUGGUGUUACACCACCGACCCAGACAUAAGAUGGGAAUACUGUCAAGUACGAAAGUGUGGCCUUCAACCCACAGUGCUGACACAAGAAGGUGGGCCUACUGAUUGCUUUACUGAAAAUGGUUAUGACUAUCGUGGGACUACAUCUGUGACCGUGUCAGGAAAAAGAUGCCAGGAAUGGGAUUCCAUGACACCACACAGCCAUGGGAAAACAUCACGCAAUUUUCCUGAAGCGGGACUAGUUGACAACUAUUGUAGAAAUCCUGAUAACGAUAGGGCACCUUGGUGCUACACGACAGAUCCUUCGGUCCGAUGGGAAUACUGCAGGAUUUCAAAGUGCCAAGCAGAACGACCUCAAUCUCCCACUGUAAUUGCAUCUCAAGCACCUGAUGUUCAAACAGAUUGCCAAGUCGGUAUUGGAGAGACAUAUCGUGGUACGAGAUCAACUACAUCCAGUGGCAGGACUUGCCAGAAUUGGUCAGCAAUGACCCCUCAUCAACAUAACAGCUUCACUCCAGUAACACAUCCUAACGCUGGACUUGAUGGAAAUUAUUGCAGAAAUCCAGAUGGAGACCUCAAUGGCCCUUGGUGUUUCACCACAGAUCCUAGGAAACAGUUUGAUUACUGCGAUGAUAUUCCCAUAUGUGGCCAACAAACUAGUGAGUGUGGAAUAUCUAAUGUUGAACCCAAGAAAUGUUUUGGAAGAAUUGUUGGUGGCUGUGUAUCCAAACCACAUUCCUGGCCCUGGCAAAUUAGUCUUCGCACCAGUUUUGGUGCUCACUUUUGUGGAGGAACCCUUAUUGAUGUGAAUUGGGUGCUCACCGCCAAACACUGUGUAGAAAGAAACCUCAGAGCUUCGAGCUACAAAGUUUACAUUGGAAUACACAGAGAAGCUGCAACUGAAUCAUCAAGGCAGAUAAUUGAUAUUGACAAAAUUUUUCUUGAGCCCAAACGCAAUGAUAUUGCUUUAUUAAAGCUUCGCAGGCCAGCAAUCCUUUCUGACAAAGUUGCUUUAAUCUGUUUGCCAACAAAGGGCUACAUAUUACCAAGUGGAUCUGAAUGCUAUGUUACAGGCUGGGGUGAAACACAAGGAACUGGAGGCGAUGGGAUUUUAAAAGAGGCAGGUUUUCCUGUGAUAGAAAAUAAAAUUUGCAAUCGACCUGAAUAUUUGAAUGGAAGAGUUAGAGACAGUGAACUGUGUGCAGGAAAUAUUGAAGGUGCAGUGGACAGCUGCCAGGGUGACAGUGGAGGUCCUUUGGUAUGUCCAAACUCCAAGGGCAAAUAUAUUCUCCAAGGAGUAACAUCUUGGGGUCUUGGCUGUGCAAGACAAAUGAAGCCAGGAGUUUAUGUUCGAGUUUCCCAUUUUAUUGACUGGAUUCAAAGUAAAAUAAGAGGUGGUUAAGAUAGAUAUAACUGAGUACAAUAAUCAAAAUUGUGUGUUCCCAGUGCAUUCAGAAUGCAAAAUUCCACAUGUGAAUGAUUAAAUUCUUUUCCUGACACAAUUAUGGCUUUUAUUUCAUUGGGAAGACUUUUAAAAAUUGUUGCUGACACCAGCGUAAAGACUAUGGAUAGAGACUGAAUUAAAUUGUUGAUUUUUC